AUGCCGCCAUUGGACAGCCGGCACUUAGCCGCACAUCUCGUGGGGAGCUCCCGUCCACGAGUGGAUCGCCGGGAGGCCGAGGAGCGCGAGCUGCCGCUCCCGUUAAUCCUAAAUGAGAAGCUCCUCCUUUGGAAGGGACGAAGUUCCUCAUAUCUGAGGGGAAGCGAUCGGCAUGAGGAACCCACACCCACCGCCCCGGCGGCAACCGCCGACGGGGCUCGGGAGGACAGUCGAGCAACCCAGGGCGGAGCCGAGGGGGACGAUCGCGCAACACGUUGUGGUGCCAAGAAUAUCGGAUGGGACGCCAGCAUCUUGGAAAGAGGAGAAAGUGAUGGUGCUGCUGCGCUCGAGCUGCGGCCCGCUUACUACGCCUUCACGCAGACCUCGAUACCAUUCGCUAUUAUGCAACUACUUCUCUUACCUAGUACCUAG